AUGCAAGCGUGGGCACUUAUUCUACUGGGCUAUGACUUCAAAAUCCAGUACCGUCGAAGAGAGGAUUUUGUGCCGGCAGACGCCCCAUCACGGCUCAUCAGUAACCAGCCCACCUCCAAGGAAGAUGCCGCCAUCUACGUCAACGAGGGUACCACACAACAGAUAUCUCAAACAGUUCGUGCGCCGCCGGUUUUAAUUCUCGAAAUCAAACGGGAAACGGCCUUGGACAACACACUACGGCAGGCCAUCCGUUACGUCCGAGGCAAAUGGUCAAAGCGCUUCCCCACCGGAGAUCUUCAGCAGGUUUCUGCAAGGUUGACUAGCAUCUCCCGUUCGGUAAAAUCAAAUAGGGCGCAUCAGGCAUUUCUGAUGGAGAGGGAUAUGCAGUACUGUCCGUGUGACUCGUACGAUGGUAGUGCCAAGUUGGUCAGGCACUUAGAGAUAGUGCAGAUUUCAAAGAGGCCACAUGAGAUGGAUGGUAACCUUGUGGAAGAUGCUCCAAAAUCGACGUUCACUGCCGAUGAGGAAAAGCACAUUUUCAGUCAUCCAUUCUUUGCUAAAUCCGCCGAGGAAAUGGAAGGAAAUCCAGCCUAUGAGGCGUUACGAACUCUGAAAUACGAAAGUGAAGACCCUAACGCAAACGCUGAAAGUUUCAAGGAAGAAGGAAACUACUACGUAAAGGAGAAAGACUAUGAGAAGGCUGUAUCCGCUUACACCGGAGGAAUACUUGCCAAACCUACCGACAAAAAACUUCUUGCCAUUCUCUACACUAAUCGAGGCAUUGCUAAUGGUUUACGGAAAAAUCACGGUUCUUGCGUCAAGGACUGUAAAUGGGCCAUCAAACAGGACCCCAGUCACUUAAAAGCGUACAUUCAGGCUGCGAAAUCCCUGCUCAUACUCAAGAAACCCACCGAAGCAACUGAGAUGUGUGAAGCCGGCCUAAAAGUGGCUCCAACCAAUGAAGUUUUGGCUGAAUUGAAAGCGAAGGCUUUUGCACUGGCGGAAACCAAGGCCGCCGAAGAGUCGAAAAAUGUGUCGGCAGUUAAGGAAAGCCAAGCAAAGUUAUCCACCGUCUUCCAGCAACUGGCGGCUCGAGGCAUUCGCGUUGAUUUCGACCUUCCACCUGUUGGGCUGCCUGACCACGCCGGUGUGGAGAUAUCCUUUGAUCACAUGAAUCUCAUUCACUGGCCUGUGCUCUUCAUGUAUCCGGAAUUCAGUCAAACCGAUUUCGUGCAAGACGCCGCAGAAUACCUCACGUACGUCCGCCUUCAUCGCAACCUCACGGGCUGGUGGAUCCGCGAGUGUCUAAAACACGUCCUCAAUCCCAACGACCCUCCGCCAUGGGACAAGGAUAAGGCCUACACCACGUCGGAGGAUGAGAUCGAGGUUUACUUCGAGGACACGAAGGUGGCGAAGCAGAUGGUGGAAGUGCCCAUUUCUCGCACCAUCACUGAACUCACUCGAUGUCCGGGAUUCUCCGUGCGCCGAGACCUGGUGAUUGUCCUUUUCGUGGUCUCCAAAUUGUCCAAAAACUUCCACAAGAAGUGGAUUGAAAAUUUAAGGGGUUAA